AUGAACUCCCAGACAGCCGACAAUGACUCCGACCCCAUUACAACGCUCAAGCUCCAACCUGAAGAUGAUGAUCCAGAUUGUCAACCUCAAGAAGACGAAGAAAAACCAUUACCACAACAAGAAGUAGAAAGUCAACAGCACUACUACAUCACCUCCAUUCACUCCACGGUUAUUAUCAGGCAGCUCCCAUCUCAAGGCCUAUCGUUCCAACUUUGGCCUGCUGCGGCCACGCUCGUCACUCUCCUCGAUCGUCACCGCUGUGACCCUAGCAAUGGCACCACCCCUCUCUCUCCAACUCUCUCUGCCUUUUCGUCCACUUCCGGUGAAAGUUGCCGUCAAAUCCGCAUCCUCGAGCUAGGAUCAGGCACCGGUCUGGUAGGAAUCGCCGCCGCGGCAAUACUCAACGCUAGUGUCAUGGUCACGGAUCUUCCUCACGUGCUUCCCAACCUCCGGUACAAUGCGGGAGCAAACGCCGAUGUUGUGGCGGUCAACGGUGGGUCCAUCGACGUUGCGCCGCUGAGAUGGGGAGAGAAUGAUGAUAUGGAAGCUGUUGGUAGAGAUUAUGAUCUGAUAUUGGGCACUGAUGUUGUGUAUUACAAUCACCUCUAUGAUCCUUUACUCGAAACUUUGAGGUUCUUGUUGAUAGGGAGUGGGAAGAAGACGGUGUUUUUGAUGGCUCAUUUGAAGAGGUGGAAGAAGGAGUCUGCGUUCUUCAAGAAGGCGAAGAAGCUGUUUGAUGUGGAGAUAAUACACCGUGAUGAUCCGUACAAUGGGUCUAGGGUUGGGGUGGUUGUUUACCGUUUUGUAGGCAAAGUAGUACGAAAAUGAACGUUGGGCUCAGCUAAUAAGAGUUGAUGCCCAUUGGUAAACAAAAUUGUGCUAAAAGUGAG